AACAAUCAAGCGAGCGGGCUAUUCAGUCAGUUGUUGAGAUCUACAAGUGAGUAUUGUUUUGGGUUCAGAUGAGUGAACAGGUCCCGUAAUAAAAACCGCGAUCUGUAGCAGACAAACUGCUAAAACCGUACUACUUCUGCUUUGGAUGUUAACAGGCGUCACGAGAAAAAAGGGUGGUGAAAGUACUCACAGCAAUUAUAAUGAUAUGCGACAAGGUUUACCUUUAGUUAGCUUUAACUGCUGAACAGCGACGGCGGUGGGGCUCCUACCGAACAACAUCGACACAGUGCACGUGUAUAUAUAUAUAAUACAUAUUGUAUUGUUAUCAAUUAUAAUAUCAUAAUGUGGUUGUAAAUACUUGUUUACUUAUACCGAUAUAUAUUAUCUACACAUGUACAGUAAUGAUUUUCCGAUUGACAGUUUCACUUUUAGCAACAGUGUCGAUUAUACCCACGGAUGAUUCUUCAGCUUCGGAACUGUUUUCCAUAAGGUGUGUAUGUAGUGGAAUAUAAUGGAUAUUAGCAGCCGUUUUGAAUAUAUUAUUCUAUGAAAUUAAAGAUGUGACAAAUUUAAAUUUGUGAUAUUGCUAUUACUAUUAUUAUGAAUAAUACAUAAAGCUUGUGAAGUGUAAAUCUAACAAGGUGGGAGAAAAGAGGGCGAUAUGUGUUGGUGUCGCAGUUUACUGUCGUGUAAAGAAUUCGUUAGGUUUGAAUUCGUAUUUACUAUUAGAAGCGACAGACCUACAUCAGGACACCAGCUAUAACCAAUAUAUCUUAUUUGUUUUAUUUGUGCGGGUGUGUUAUCUAGAUAUACACACAAACCAUAAAAUUUAUAAUCUACUGUUUUUUACUGUCGUCAACAUAAAUUGCAUGGGACAUGCUACUUCCAAAUUCCCCGUUUAAGCGGAUCGUGAAAGCCAACGCGUCGUGUCCACUAUGAUCGCAGUUUGUUACAGUAGCUUGGUGCUAUUACUGACCGUGCUUGUUAUAGAUCACAGCUUCUUACCCUCAGCUGAAAGCCUAGAACUGCCACCCCGGAGGAAUGAGAAAGUCAUCAAGGCGGUAGAAUCCAACCUGCUGGGUCUCUUUGGUUUAAAAUCUCGCCCCGUUCCAGGACGCCGUACGCCGAUACCUGGAUACAUGUUGGAUUUGUACAAGCGUUUAGACAGGGAUCCCGAGUUCAUCAGUCCCUACGCCCAGGCGAAAGGCAAAGGCAUCGUCUCCGCCAACACAGUUCGCAGUUUCUACCAUGAUGAUGUUGAAACUGGCAGUGACUGUGAUGAAAGAACAUGUGUUAGAAUCUGGUUUAACGUUUCCACCAUUCCUGAUGGCGAAAUCAUGGCAGCGUCAGAACUACGUGUGUUUAAAGACGUCUACGACAUCGUAGCCGCAACUCCAACAGAACAAGCGAAAAAAGACGGUCAAAAUAAUAUAAAAAAGAAUCAUUAUAAACAUAGACUGGAGAUUCAUGAAAUCAUGCAAGCUCCUUCAAAAGAUAGUGAAUGCAUAGCACGACUUAUUGACACUAAAAUUGUGGAUACGAGAAACUCUUCGUGGGAAUCGUUUGAUGUUCAUCCAGCAGUAUUAAAGUGGAGAAAGAGACCUAGUUAUAAUUAUGGGAUAGAAGUGCGAAUUGUGUCCGAUAGUCCGUCGAUAUCGACUACGUCACAUGUGAGAUUACGUCGCUCGACAGACAUUGAUGAACAGCAGUGGCAAAUCCAAAGACCUUUGUUAGUAACGUACACAGAUGAUGGCCGUGGGCCUAAAUCAAGGACUAGUCGUAGCACCAAUGCGAGGCGACGUAAAGCACGGAAGCGACGUCGUCGGAAGAAAAAGGGAAAUAAAAAUGAGUGCAAGAGACACGUUUUAUACGUAGACUUUGGUGAUGUGGGUUGGAAUGAUUGGAUAGUAGCGCCCCCAGGCUACAAUGCUUACUUUUGUCGGGGGGAGUGUCCGUUCCCGAUGGGACAGCAUCUGAACUCUACACACCAUGCUGUUAUGCAGACUCUUGUUCAUUCUGUGGAUCCUACUGCCGUGCCUAAAGCGUGUUGUGUGCCCUCGGACCUUAGCGCUAUUUCUAUGUUAUAUUUAGACGAGUUGGAUAAAGUGGUGCUUAAAAACUAUCAAGAUAUGGUUGUGGAAGGUUGUGGCUGUCGGUAAUGUUUUCCUGCUCACAAAACCUCAAUAUUGUUUAUUUGAAAUAAAAAAAACACGAAAAACGAAAAAAACUCGUUUGUUUAUAAUGUGAUAAAAUCUUGUAGAAAAAUGGACGCCAUGACGUGGUCAGUAGAAAGAGUGCUGUGCCUGGUACAAGGUGGUGUGGUAUCUUUUUAUUUAACACUUGAAGAAAGUACCUCAUACUGUACAUGUAUAUGAGUGAUCGGCAUGUCAUGUUCAAUAUACACGUGUGCUAAUAUAACUACUCAGGUCCGAUGGGUUUGUUUCACAACCUUUAUACACAUACUUACUUACCCUGGAGAGUGAGCGAGAGCGAGUGAACGGGAAAAGUUUAGGCGGGAUAAAAGAGUGUUUGUAGCUCUCAGAAAACAGUACAUAAAAACCAAAUAUUCAGUAAUGUUGUCGCAAUUUUCCCAGAUCAGUGGCAUUUUUUUCUCUUAUAAAACAAAAAUUACCUCAUUAGAAUUUACAUGUACCUUAUUGAUAGCCUAUUGAUGAUACAUUUGUAACUGUAACUUGAAUGAUGUAACUGUAUAUUUAAGGGUCAUGACUAGACCAUUUUGUUGUAUUGUAAUUUCUCUUAAUUGUAAUUAUUACAUUAUUAUAAAUACAAAAAAUAUACAUUCAUUGUAAAGAUACAUAGUUAUAUACAAAAAAUAGUGCACAUUAUCAAUUAUUAUUUACAAUGCCGUUACUAUGUCGUUAGAUAUUAAUGGUGUUGUUUACAGACCAAGCUGAACUAGUCAUAAAAUAUCAUUACUAUGGUUGUGAAUUUAGUGAAUAUAUGUUUAUUUUUGGUUUUGAAUUAUUAUUGAAUGUAUAACAGUGCUGAAAAAUAGGAGCAAAAGCCGGAACUUUUUUUGUCAGAACAAAAAAUCUGUUUUUUUUAAUCAACGGCUUUGUUACUUAUUUUUGAUCGUUCUAUUUUAUAUAUGGACGAUAGUUACCAGUAAAUAAUUAUUUAAAAAAGACAAAAAAGUGAAUUAAAUGCAACAUUUAAUGUUGACUAUAGUAUUUAAUAUGCUGUUAUAAAGUUCAUGAUUUGUAUAUAUAUUUAUAAAAUCUAUUUUAAGACUUGUAGUUACAUGUAUAUGGUUGAAUUAAUGACCAGUUAUUUGUGAAAUCUAUACGUGUAAGAAUAUUAUAUUAUAUAUUACAAAAA